AUGAGGGGAUCGGGCUUGCAACUGCUGCGAAAGGCCACGCUCACCGUCGCAAACACACGUCGGCGGGCGAGCUCGGCAACUGGCUCGGACAAAUACGAUGCCGUGAUCGUCGGGGGAGGACACAAUGGUCUGACCUGCGCUGCCUACUUGGCUCAAAAAGGCGUUCGCGUCCUGGUGUUGGAACGCAAUGACUGGAUCGGCGGAGCAGCUGUAACGGGCGAGAUCGUCCCUGGUUUCAAGUUUAGCCGCGCAUCCUACUUGGCCGGGCUACUGCGACCACAGAUUAUCAAGGAUCUUGAUCUUCAUCGCCAUGGGUUGGAAUACCUGCCUCGUGAUCCCUCGAGCUUCACACCUGGGGAGCCGGGAGGGCCGUACGAAGGCCAGGGUCUCUUCUUCUGGCAGGAUGCCGCCAAGACCCGUGCAUCGAUCGAGCAAUUCUCUCGAACCGAUGCUGAUGCCCUCGAGGAGUACGAGGAUGUUCUUGCUGGACUGCGCGAUGUUGUACAACCGCUGCUGGAUCACCCACCUCUGGCCAACGAAACGGUGCGCAACAAGGACCUGUCAGGUUACCACCAUUGCCGUGCCUGUGUUCGAGCGCUCCAGCGAAAGGAAUUAAUCCCGCUGUAUUACGAGUUGCUGACCGCACCGGCGGCACACAUUCUGGGCCGCUAUUUCGAGAGUGACAUUUUGAAGACAACCCUGGCCACGGAUGCUGUCAUUGGGAGCCUGGCAGCUCCGUCUGAGCCUGGAUCGGGCUACGUGCUGCUGCACCACGUCAUGGGCGAGGCGGCAGGACGUCAAGGCGUGUGGGCAUAUGUGCGCGGUGGCAUGGGUCAAGUGUCGCAGGCAAUCGCAUCGGCAGCGCGUGAAGCAGGCGCAGAAAUCCAGACGGGUGCGCUGGUCGAUCAAAUCUUGACGGACGGUAGCGGCAAUGUGCAUGGCGUGCGAGCGGUCAUCAACGGGGAGCCCACAGUGAUCCAUGCGGACAUGGUGGCUGCCAACUGCAAUCCACACCACCUUGUCACCAAUCUGUUGAGUGACUGCCCACUGCCAAAGGAUUUUGUGCGGCAUGUCGAGCGUGCCGACUACAGCUGCGGCGCCUUCAAGAUCAACUGUGCUGUGAGCGAGCUGCCACAGUUUAUCGGCUUCGAAGGUGGCGCCGAGCCGCAGGCACACCAUCGAGGCACGAUCCACUUUGAGAACCAUAUGCAGCAGAUCGAGGACGCCGCCGCCGAAGCCAAGCGUGGAGAAGCGGCUUCUCGCCCUGUCAUUGAGAUGACCAUCCCGAGUGCGGUUGACAACACUCUGGCACCGGAAGGCCAGCACGUGGUGCAGUUGUUUGUGCAGUAUGCUCCCUACGAGGCUGGGCAGGCCUCUGGUCGCGGCUGGCACGACCCCGCUUUCAAAAAGGCGUUUGUUGAUCGUGUUUUCGGCGUGAUUGACCGGUUCGCCCCCAAUUUCUCAAAGUCCGUGAUUGGCAUGGACGCGUUGUCGCCCGUGGACCUGGAAGAGCAGUUCCACUUGCACCGGGGCAACAUCUUUCAUGGCGCCUUGGGUCUGCAUCAACUGAGCUUCAUGCGUCCAGCUCCAGGGUACAGCAGCUACCGCAUGCCUCCUAAGGGCCUGUAUCUCUGUGGCUCUGGUGCCAGCCCUGGUGGGGGUGUGAUGGGUGCUCCGGGUCGCAAUGCCGCUCGAAUCAUGCUCAGCGAUCGCUAG